AUGCGAGGUUUACGGAACUGCUCCAACGACGGCGUUUCACUGGACCUUGCGGUUCCUCCUCCAGCAACACCACCGGUCUCCUCCGCCUCCUCGACGAGCCUAUCAUUCGACGAAGAGGAGACGUCAGAGUCGAAGAUCGAACGGCUGAUAUCGGAGCACCCGGUCAUCAUAUUCACACGAUCUUCCUCUUGCUGCAUGUGCCACGUCAUGAAGAAGCUUCUAUCGACAGUAGGAGUCCACCCAACAGUGAUCGAGAUCGACGACGGAGAGAUUGCUUGCCUCGCCGUUCAAGCCGCCCCGGUGCUCUUCAUCGGUGGUGCUUGCGUCGGCGGGAUUGAGUCUCUUGUCGCACUACACCUUAGUGGUCAUCUUGUUCCUAAACUCGUUGAAGUUGGAGCGUUAUAG